AUGAUCGAUCCACCCGCCGAGAUGCUCGACUUCUUCAAUACCCUCAAGACGAAGCCGCUGCCCGUGCCCACGACUACUCCGACGUCGGUGGCCCCCGUGCCCACCGUCCUCCCGGGCCAUAAUGCCAUUUUCCAGGAAUUGUCCAAGACUAGCCAACGGACAUUAUGGGUUGUCGUCGUGCUCAUGGCCAUAUCAUCUGUCGUCUUCUACAUCCUUGCCUCCCGAGCGCCCUUGACCAAGCGAGUCAUCCAUAACCUAAUUGCCAUCUCCACCACAAUCUCCUUCAUCGUCUAUCUCGCCCUCGCAACCGGUGAAGGCAUAGCCUACAAGCAUGACAUCCUGACAGUCCACAACAAGCACGUCCCCAACACCCAUCAUGAUGUCUACCGUCAGGUCCUCUGGCUGCGGUACCUCAACUGGUUCCUGACAAACCCCCUGGCCCUCAUCAACCUUGCCCUUCUGUCUGGCCUCCCAGGCGCCCAUCUCCUCGUCGCCAUCGUCGCCGACUGGGUGAUGCUCGGCACCGGCGUCCUAGGCACCUAUGCCGGCCACACUCCCCGUAGAUGGGUUUGGUUCACGAUCAGCGCUAUCGCCUACCUCACGACUGUGUAUCAUGUUGGUGUGAACGGGGGCCGCGCGGCGGUGAACAAGGACGCCCAGACGAAGAGAUUCUUCGGUACAGUUUCGGGCGUGUCGCUUCUGAUCAAGGCUUUGUUCCCUGUAGCCAUCGCCGCCGGCGCCCUAGCUCUCAAAAUCAACAUCGACGCCGAGACCAUCAUCUUCGCUAUCCAUGAUAUCUUCCUGCAGGGUAUUAUCGGCUACUGGCUGAUCUUCGCGCAUGAUGCGGCACCUGGAAUUACCCUCUUGGUUGACGGUUUCUGGGCCCAUGGACACGGUAACGAGGGUGCCAUUCGCAUCACAGAAGAGGAGGGCGCCUAA